GCCAAUCGAAGCCAGUCAGCCAGCGAUUCUCUUGGGCGGAAGUUACGUCUUUCACAGCAUUGCUGCUUUCAACUUCUUGGCAAUGGUCUGGCUUCUUUGUCAUUGUUGUUAGAGGCUCUGCAGUUUGACGUCGUUCAGAAUUAUAAUUUUACCUGAUUUGAUAAAACUGUAAAUACACAUCCGGUAAGAAUCGUCGCGCGCAUCGGUGCCACUUUUUUCCUGAGCUAUUUUGCUCCUCAUGGGCUGGCUUGAUCUUUGCAGAAUCUCAAAAAUAACUCAGCAAAUGUACGAACGCAUAAGCCCAAAAAAUUCAUUUAAAAAUGUCGUUGUUUUUCUGCUCUUUUUUUUUUCUCUCUCCCUUCCCUUACCACUCUUCUCACCGAAUAUGUUUGCUAAGCAAAUCCUCGCUUUGAGCACCAUUGUCGCUAUGGUGUCAGCGCAAUCCAGCUCCGUACCCGCCUCCAGUGGUACACCAACUAGCUCUGGAGUCCUUGCUCAAACCUCUCCUGCUUGGCUCUCUACCGUUACUCCCAUGGCUGGCAACGUCCAAGCCGUUCCCUCUGCAGGUGCUGCCGUUCCUACCGGCACUCUUGCUGCCGUCACUAUCAACACCGCCGAUUACCCAACUCCAUGGGAAGUCCCACCCACCAACAGCACUGGUGUCCAAGCUGCCAUUGCUGCCAUUGACUGGACCAAGGUCCCAGCUGCUCCGGUUCGCACCGCCAAUGCUAAUGGUGAUUUGACUUUCACUGGAUACGAUGCAAACGCCGAUCCUUACUGCUGGUGGAGUGACAGCAACUGUGUCAAGCCCAAGGUCGACUACUUGCCUUCCGAUAUCUAUAACUGCCCUAAGCCAGGUGAUUGGGGUUUGACUUAUGAUGAUGGUCCCUUGAAUCCUGCCAAUCCAGGACAAGCUGAUCAAUGGGCUGAGCCUCAAUUGUAUGAUUUCUUGGCUGCUCACAACCAGAAGGCCACUUUGUUCUACAUCGGUUCAAAUGUUUUGACUUUCCCUGCUGCUGGUCAAAGAGCCUUGGCUGAUGGUUUGACUAUUUGCGUCCACACCUGGUCUCACCCUCCUAUGACCACCCAAACCAACGACCAAGCCGUUGCUCAAUUCUACUGGACUCUUCGUGUUAUCAAGGAAGCCACUGGUAUUACUCCCAAGUGCUGGAGACCUCCAUAUGGUGAUGUUGAUGAUCGUAUUCGUUCCAUCGCUUGGCAGAUGGGUAUGCGUACCAUCAUCUGGGACGAAGAUACCAAUGACUGGAACAUGCCUGGUACCGGUGGUGGCAACCUUUCUCCUAACACCGUUGAUGGAUAUUUCCAAGGAUGGAUUUCCGCUCGCCAGAACGGCACUGACAAUGCUAGUGGUCACGUUGUUUUGGAGCACGAAUUGAACAACGCUACCGUCUCCAUGGCUGAAAAGUGGCUUCCCACUCUCCAAACGACUUUCAAUGUUGUCCCUGUCCAUGAAUGCCAAAACAUCUCUCAACCUUACUGGGAAACCGGCUUCAUUUAUCCUACCGAGGAUGCCAGCAAUGCUACUACCACUACCAGCAUGUCUCUUGCACCUAGUGCUGCCCCCACUUCUGCAAGCGUCAAUGCUGCCUCUGCUGCUUCUGCAGGUGCUGACGCCUCUGCCGCUGCCUCUGGCACUGCCAAGAGCGCUGCUGGCAAGUUGGCUGUCGGUGCCUUCACCGUUGCUGCUGUUGUUGCCGGUGCCAUGUUCAACUUAUAAACAAAGUUGCAAGACCUUCCGUUGUUAAAUUUUUUUUUUCGCCAGCCAUCGUAUAAUAGUCAGUUAGAGUUUUGAUAUCCGCUAUGUAACUUUCAAUCCUUAAAUCCAUGUAAAAGUAAUCAAAUUGAAUGUGACUGACUGUUCCCGAUGUUCUUUGCGAACUAUGUGCUUCCAUUGACAGACAAUACCGAGUAAUGAGAGAAUGGCCUGCGUAAGCUAAUUAAAGUCAAAUUUAGACCUCCGUACAA